AGGCGGUCCGUCGUCGGUUGGGGAAAAGAGGCGGUCCGUCGUCGGUCGGGAACAUUUCUGUCGGUCGGGGGCUUUUUUCGCCGUAUAUAAAGCCCGGUCAGCUCGCGCUCUGUAACUCUCCUCUCGUCUUCGCUCGGAGCAGCUCCCCGCUCUUGGCCGAUCCGUCUGCCGUUGCUUUUUUCAGUUUGCUGAAAUGAAGUCUGUGAGGAUUUUGUGCAUCUGUCUCCUGACUGUAUCUGCAGUUAUAGGAAAUGAAAAGUGUCCAGGAGUCACAGUGGUUGUCUCAGAAGAAAGUGAUGUCAUCUUACCCUGCUCCCUCAGCACCAAUCAGGACCUUGAACAGAAGCUCUUUGAUUGGAGGAAAAAAGCACCAAAUAAACAGGAGGUGUUCAUGUAUGAUGGAGGCCUUCAUUACAAUAAUGGACGUCCAGGUCAAGACGAGCACUUCAGAGGACGGGUCUCACAUUUCCCACAAGAGCUGCAGUUUGGUAACGCCUCCAUCAUCAUCAGAAACACCACGGUGGCUGACAGUGGAGACUACACCUGUGAUUUUCCACAUCUGCAGCCAGAACAAAGGUUCUGCAUUAAACUUGUUGUUGAACUCACCUUGAAAGAUCGAUCAGGAGAAAUCCCAGGUGCAGCUCCGAAGCCGUUUGUUGGGAUCCUGAACAUCAGCGAGGACGAGGCGCUGCUGAAGUGUGAGGUCAGAGGUGCUUCUCCAAAGCCUAAAGUAGAGUGGAGGGACAGCGAUGGGAACAUCCUUCCUGCUGAGGAGCCACAGGUGUCACGCACAGGAGAGCGCUAUGACAUCACCCUCCUCACCACGGUGACCAGGACAAACAGCAGCCUCUUCCACUGCGUAGCCACGCAGGAGGAGAUGGGCCAUGUGACCCGUGAUCAGAUCGACGUGCGUUACUGUGAGAAAACGUCUGAGGUGAAGUCCCACUGUGGAGUCGGUGUGCUCAUAGGUUUGUGGUUUUCUGGAGUUCUGACUGUCGCUGCAACUCUGGCUCUAUCUGUAGCUGCAAAGUGCAUCAGAAAACACAAGAAAGCUUCUCAGAGAAACCAGAGAGACGAUCCUUCUAAGGAAGCUUGUAACGGUGACGCUUCACUCACAAACUGUUUAACGUCACAGCUGUAGUGUGUUUGUGUGGCUUUUUUAAUAUUUUGUUUUUUCAUCCCUUUUAUUAUUAUUAUUAUUUUUUAAAUCCGUCUCGUUGUGUCUCCAUGUUUCACACUGCAGUCUGUGAUGAGUCAAGGAGAUCAUAUUGAUUAUGUCAACUGUAAGUGUUUCAUUCCAAAACCUGCUGCAGGUGCUGGUGAUCCUGCACAAACUGGUUCUACUUUUUAGAUGUCAGAUGGUAAAAGCUGCUUUGACUUCUUCAAAUAUCACUCAGCUUCACGUUGUUGUCAGA